CGAUACAAGGGCAGGAUGGUAAAUCCAGGUAAGUAAAGAAGGAUGGACCAAGCGGCCGGUUUCAAACCCAAAUAUCAAACUUCUCAUCCAGAAUGGCUCAUGGAAUUGUACUUAUGCCAGCGAUCGACUUGGAUGCUCGUCCGGUGGUGUCAUCGGGAUUACUUGGCCAUAUUCCGUCAAUUGUGCAGCAGAUGGAGCGUCAAUUGCGGGAUGUGCGGCGUUAUGUGGAUGAGAUUCAACCGGAGCUGAUGCGUCGGGGUGAUACGCGUGCUUCGUUGAUUCCUCGUGAGAAGAGAGAGGGUGGUGCAUUGGACUUUUUGAGGGAUGCGUAUGAGGUUGGUGAAGACGGUAAGCUGCGUUUCAAAGUGAAGUUCGACGUGCGCGGAUUCGGGCCGGACGAUCUGAAGGUCUCGGCAUCGAAGAAUCGCCUCACAGUGCACGGUAAGAAGAGUAAGAAGACAGACACUUCGUUGAGCUCGUCAGAGUUCUGUCGCACCGUGUACCUGCCAAACUCAGUGGACGAGGAACAAUUCAAGUGUCACUUUACUGGGGAUGGUGUGCUGAUGUUGGAGGCGCCGGUGAAGGUAUCGGACUAUCAGUCGUUGACGUUCAGCAGCAACGAGCCUCAGUUGGCAGUAAAACCUGUAGCAGAGGGAUCGUUGGCUCUGCAAGUGACAGGUGUGGCUGGAUUGACGGUAGUGGAUGACGGUGCUGGCGGACAGAAGUUGCAUGUGGAAGUGCCGAUUGACGCGGAGUACAGUAGCGCGGACUUGCUGGUACAUACCGGUGCGAACCGUAUUGUGGUGUCCGGUCGGAAGCAGGUGAUUGAAGGUUCUGGCGCCUCGCAGUGUAGUCAUUGGAAAGAGUUCAGUCGGACGUACAAUGCACCUGAGACGGUGGACCCGUUGUCUGUGAAGUCGGAGCUUCAUGGCAGCGUAUUGGUUGUGGAGGGAUCGUUGGUGAAGUUGCCUUGAGUGAUGUAUUUGG